AUGUCGACCAACGCAUGGACUCAACCCAGCCCCUGGACUCGCGCCGACAUGAUCGCCAACGCUCCGACCUUCACGCCGGUUGGUGCUGGUGCUUUCCCGUGUGCUACUUCGCCGGUCAAGAAUGGUGCUGGUCGUGGUUCUGUCGUUGAUGGUAUGGCUGGUUUGCGCUUUGGUGAGGCGCCGAAGUUUGGAGAGGUGCAGGGUCAUGAUGGUGGAUUUCGUCAGGCUGCCGGUCCAGGAGGAAGAGCUGGGAAUGGCGGUGGUCAAUACGGUGUAGGGCAGGGAGGAGGAUAUGGUGGGGGUCUCAACAACUAUGGCAGGAAUGGUCAAGGAAAUGGUCCGCCAGCUAACAGUGGAGGUGAUCGCGGUCGUGGUGAUCGUGGUGGUCGCGGUGAUCGUGGUGGUCGCGGUGAUCGUGGUGGUCGCGGUGAUCGUGGUGGUCGCGGUGAUCGUGGUGGUCGCGGUGAUCGUGGUGGUCGCGAUGGCGGCCGUCCUCCGAAUCCUCAAUCCCGGAUUUUUACUUUCGCCGACAUUCGCACGGAAGGCGAGGCUACAAAUGUUCGAGCAGCACUCGAAGCAAUUGACAAGCACGCGAAAGAGAUUGCGAAGGAGACGCAGACCGACCCUGGCACCAUCAGGAAGCAACACGGUCUUCGAGCUGACUUUGCCAAGGAAGGGCGCAAGGGAAAGGUCGCAACGAACUAUUUGACUUUCAAGCACUUGCCCAAGAAGAUGUUCGUGUAUUCGAUCUACAUGGUUCGACCAAAAGGCUUCUCGGUGAAAAGGCGUGCCGACAGAAAGCUUGUGCUCGACACUCUCCGCUCAGAAAUCCCCGAGCUUGCGCGUUCAACUAAAUGGGCCACUGACUACACCAACAUCUGGAGCACCGAGGAUCUUUUCAACAAGACCGACAAGAAAGAUCCUGUUUUCUCACUGAAUGAUCGUGAAUACAUCAACGAGUGUGGUGUUCGGCUUCCGAUCAAACUACUGGAGAUUCACUACGUCAACACCAUCGACUGCAAUGUCGAUGUUGCAGAUUGUUUCCACGUCGCUGGCGCAGUUGCUGCCACCGACAGUCGUCCAACGCUUCUGAUUCGCGGUCUCAAUGCAUUUCUCACACAAGCUGCCCGAGAGCCACCACACACUUUCACAUUCACGAGCGGUAGCAAGGCUUUCGACUCGAGCACUCACAGCGAAUUGGAGGGUGGCCUGAGCACAUUCCGGGGCUUCUUCCUCUCAGCGCGGCCGGGAACUAAUCGGCUGCUUCUGAACGUCAACAUUGCCACUUCUGCUUUCUUCCAAGUUCAGACGGUGCAACAUCUGCUGCGCCUGAGCAGUCGACUUGACACUCCCAAAAAGCGGCAAGGGCUGCUCAAAGGCCUCAAAGUCGAAAUCAAUUACAAACCAAGCAUUGACUGGGAUCACAAUGCACAGUUUCGGUUCAUUCAUGAUGUCUCAAGCGAUCUCGCGAGGGACAUGAGAUUGACAGGGCGUGAAACGCUCAACGAAUGGUUCACCAACGGCAGGAACAGUGGCGAUGCCCUCUAUCCGGCGCAGCGACCAGAUAUUGACCGCAAUGCAUAUUCCAUUCUGGUCUCGACGAGCAGCGGAAAACUUGCCACGAAGACUGAGUGGUUCCCUGCCAACAUGCUCGACAUCGUGGAAAACCAGCGUUUCGGUGGUAUGCUCGAGAGUGAGCAGACGAGCGGCAUGAUCGAUGCUGCUCGCAAGAUGCCCUUGGAACAAGGCGGUCUUAUCCUGCAAGACGGCCUCAAUAUGUUCGGCCUUCGCAAUCAGCAGCCCAACACCGGUCUGGCAGGAUUUGGAGGUUUGAAGACGGCUGAGAAACUACUCGAGAUCGACGCAACAUACCUGAACCCACCCUCCGUCACGUACCUGGACCCAAACACCAAUAUUCCUAGACCGCGCUCGGUUGAAGCGGCCUCCUGGGAUCUGCUCAACGUCAGAUUCGUGGUUGCAUCCCGUCUGGAAGACCUGUACUGCCUCAAUCUCAGCAACUUUUUCGACAACUCCCGCGAAAUCGAAAAGAUCUUGCUCGAGACCAGGAGUGCUUUAAACCGCCACGGAGUUUUCGGUACACAAGGUCCACCGCCAUUCAGAUUCGUGGAUGUGUCCAGCACAUACAACGAUUUGCGCCGCUUCGGUCACUCGCCUGAUUAUGAGAAACUGCUACGAUCCGUUCUUGCGCCGCUCACACGCAACAACCGUGUGCCGAUUGUAUAUGUGCUGAUCGACAAGAAGAACCAAGACAUCUACGCAUACAUCAAACGAGUCGCUGAGCUCCAACUCGGCAUUCAGACCGUGUUCUGCGUUGCCAGCCGCCAGAGAUGCGACAAAUUCAACGCCCAGAGUGCGUCCAACAUUGCUCUCAAAUUCAACUUGCGAGGAUACGGUAUCAAUCACACCCUCGGCGAAAAGGACUUUGCUGCUAUCCGUGGUCCUAACUGUUCUGUCGACACCAUCGUUCUCGGCGCAGACGUCACUCAUCCUCCGAACAACGCAAGCCCUGGAACGCCUUCGAUUGCAGCGGUCGUCGGCACCGUCGACAAAGACUUCAUGCAUUUUCCUGGAUCCAUGCGCCUUCAACGCAGCAAAAAAGAAGAGAUUGUGGAGCUUGGUGAUAUGGUCAAGGAGCGCCUGAUCGACUUCUAUCACGAGAAUGACCAUCUACCCAGACGUGUCUUGUUCUAUCGUGACGGCGUGAGCGAGUCACAGUACGACAAAAUCCGCUCAUUUGAGAUUCCACAGAUUCAAAAAGCCUUCAAUUGGGCUGCUGAGUACAUCGCAUGGGAGGAAAAAGGCUCAGACCUCAGCAAGCCACUGGACAGCAAGCGCGCCCCGUGGCCCACGCCCAAGCCGAUGGAGAAGAACCCAAAGUCGAAAGACUUCAACGAUAUCGUGUUCGACGAUGACACUGGGCUCAAUACUCCCUUCGACCUGACGUACAUCAUCGUCGGCAAGCGCCAUAACACUCGGUUCUACCCAACAAGAGACGCCGACUGCGUCAGAAAGCGACCAAAUUUCCAACGCAAGAGCGAGAAUGUUCAGCCAGGUCUCGUUGUCGAUCAGGUCAUUACCCACCCGUAUUCUUCUGAUUUCUACCUCCAAUCCCACGACGCAAUCAUCGGUACCGGAAAAUCUGCUCACUACUUCGUGCUGCAGAAUGGAAUGGCCCUCACGACCGCUCAACUGCACUCCACCACCCACGAUUUCUGCUACGCCUACGCCCGCGCCACCAAAGGCGUCUCAUACUGUGCUCCAGCGUACUACGCUGAUCGACUUUGCGACCGGGCCCGGGCCUAUUUGCGACACUGGCUGAGACGUCAUGACCACGCGGACUAUGUGGCACCAUUCGAGCGCAAGGGCGAGGACGAUCCUCCAGAGACCUUUGAGGAGUACAACGAGCGCGUCAAAGACUAUCUUCGCGAGCAGCCCUACUGGAGACCGAGUGUUGGCAGCGGACAGAUGAAGUACGGCUUCCCGAGACGCAAUCCGUGGAGCGACAAUAUGGACGAUACCAUGUUCUACUUGUGA